UUUUUCAAAGGUAAAUAUCUCUAAUAUCUAAGUGGAAAGUAAUUUUCUAAACAGACGGAUCUACAAUUUGGCAAAACAAAUAAAACAUUAUUAAACAAAGUUAUAGAACGAAGACUUAAACCAUUCCUUUGUUAAGGUUAUUCUUUUCAUUUAACCUAUGUUAAAUAAACCGCUAGUUGGAUAUCAGUGACAACCGAGUUGGAUAUUUAGAAAGUGACCACGUCACAACCCUAUCAAAUUGUAGACAACAUUACCAAAACCUGUAAAACCACAGAAAUCAGCUAAACAUGAGUUCGAAAGUAACCUUCAAAAUAACGCUAACAUCCGAUCCCAAGCUGCCAUUUAAAGUGCUCAGCGUUCCCGAAGGUACACCAUUCACGGCUGUGCUGAAAUUCGCAGCUGAAGAAUUUAAAGUGCCAGCAGCAACUAGCGCUAUUAUCACGGAUGACGGAAUUGGUAUCAGCCCUCAACAGACAGCAGGCAAUGUAUUUCUGAAACAUGGCUCAGAAUUGCGACUGAUUCCCAGAGAUCGUGUCGGAGGCAGUCAGUAAAAGUGAUUUGUGGCUAAAGUUUUUUUUUUUUUUUUGUAAUGUUAGCUUACACACAUACGGAUAUUUUUAUACAAUAAUACCCAGCCAAGAUAAAUUAAUUGCAACAAAUAAAUAAAUAAAAGAAAAUCAUUUUAACUGAAUUUCUAAAAAAAAGUAAUUGAAAAAAAUAAUAAUAAUAUCAACGGAAA